UUUCACUGUCCUCCAUUUUUUUUUUCCUCUUCUUUUUUACUCCCAUAAUUCACCACUUUAUUUAUUAAGGAAAGAAAAACAAAUAAAUGAAUAAAUACACAUCUGAAUUUAGAGACAGAACAAAACGACUGAGGUUAAGGCAAGGGAAGGUAAAGUACAGACAUAGGAAAGAAAUAUCCACAGCUUCUGCUUCAAACCAAACCCCUCCAUUACUAAAAGGCGCGCCCAUUCCUUCUCUCCUCUCCCUCUCUCUCGUGCUUCCCAAUAAAGACACACCCACUUUUACCAUUUUACCCUUUCCUCCUCUUCUCUAACAUUCUCUUCUUCUUCUUCUUCCUCUUUGUGAGUCUUAUGAUGAUGAAUCAUAAAAUAAAAUAUUAGUUAAAGGAAAAUCUCAACCCCACACCAUUUGUCGCCCUCUUCUUCUUCUUCUUCUUUCUUUCUUCUUCAUUGUUACCAUUUUCACCUCUAUAAUGGCGAAGUCGUCGACCCCUACGACGACCUCGCUUUCUACCAUUAAACCUAAGGAUUAUGCUCAUAGUCCUGUCCAUUACGCCGUCGCUCUUGCUGAUCAUUCUGCCCUUUCUCGUAUUGUUUCAACUUUACCUCGUCUUGCUGAUCCUGCUCUUAUUCAUACUGAGGCUGAUUCGCUUGCUCAAGAGCGGAUCGCUGACAAGAUCUCUGCUGUUCUUGACCGUCGUGAUGUGCCUUACCGGGAGACUCCUCUUCAUCUUGCUGUUAGGCUUAAAGAUGCUUUUGCUGCCAAAACUCUUUCUUCUGCUGGGGCUGAUAUUUCUCUCCAGAAUUCUGCUGGUUGGAACCCUCUUCAGGAGGCUAUGUGUCGCCGGAGUUCUGACAUUGCGCUUAUUCUACUUCAGGUUCACCAUCGCGCUGCAUGGUCUAAGUGGCGCCGACGAUUGCCGCGGGUAAUUGCUGUUCUUCGUCGAAUGCGAGAUUUCUAUAUGGAAAUUUCGUUUCACUUUGAGAGCUCUGUAAUUCCGUUUGUUGGGAAAAUUGCUCCCUCGGAUACUUAUAGAAUUUGGAAGCGUGAUGGCAAUCUCCGAGCUGAUACGUCUUUGGCUGGAUUUGAUGGCUUGAAGAUCCAGCGCGCGGAUCAGAGUUUUCUCUUUCUCGGAGAUGGCGAUCAGACCCAUGACAUUCCCUCUGGUUCUCUGCUUGUGAUCAAUCGUGACGACCGCAAAAUCUUCGACGCGUUCGAGAACGCUGGGGCUCCGAUGAGUGAAUCUGACAUUGCCGGAUUUUGCUCUCAGACAAGCGUUUACCGCCCAGGAAUGGACGUCACGAAAGCAGAACUCGUUGGAAGAACCAACUGGAGAAGACAAGAGAAAACCGAAAGCGUUGGAGAAUGGAAAGCCAAAGUUUACGAAGUACAUAACGUAGUGUUCAGCUUCCGAUCUCGAAAAGUAGCCGGCAGCGAAGGUGACGUGGCAGGUAGCGAACAGGUCCUUCCGCUGGAACUCGACGAAGACGACGACGGAUUCUUAGUAGCCGAAAACCCUAGUUUCGGGCUGCCUGACAGGAAUAGCACUGACCGGCGAAGACACAGUAGUUUUGUUCCUGAAGAGAGGGAAUGGGUAAUGAUGCCGAGAAAAAGCGUGGAUAUACCGUCGGCGACAGCGCCACCACCAAGAAAGGUCGGUAGGCCGACUUUCACGGCAGCUCCAGUUGAACCGCCGCAGACGAAGGAAAAAGAGUACGUGAGAAGCUUACGUCCAUCGGUGUGGUUAACGGAGCAAUUUCCAUUGAAGACGGAGGAACUUCUCCCAUUACUGGACAUUUUGGCGAACAAGGUGAAGGCGGUGAGAAGGAUGAGGGAGCUGCUCACCACCAAGUUCCCGCCGGGCACUUUUCCGGUCAAGGUGGCUAUUCCAGUGGUUCCAACUGUGAGAGUCGUGAUAACCUUCACCAAAUUUGUGGAUCUUCCACCCGUGGAACAAUUCUAUACGCCGUUUUCUAGCCCAAGGCAACUAGCCAACAGCGGAGGAGAUGAUCCAUCUGAAUCACACUGUUCAUCAUUGCCGUUGUCAUCAUCUUCUUCUUCAUCGUCUUCUUCAUCUUCUUCUUCAUCGUCAUCCACGUGGCUGAGGCGAAGCAGCAGCCACUCAGCUGCUGGAUCAACCGCUAAGCAGAACCAUCGAUGUUCGUGGUCGACGGUUCAAGAUGAAUCAGACCCAUUUGCUAUUCCGAGUGGUUAUACAUGGGCAAGGUCAGAUGACAAAUCAAGCAAAUUGAAAAAGUCAAAAUCCACAAGAAAAUCUAAAUGAUUGUACUGCUGGGGGAGAUGAGAUGAUGACCAAUGAUGAGAAAUGAAAUGGAAUUAAAUUAAUUAGUUUUAUGGAUUUGCUUGUGCUUUAAAUUUACAGAUACGAUGUAGAUAACCCGUCUAAUUAUAUAACUCACUUGUCCUUUCAAGAAUAUUGGUAGUCUAUAAUUUUGAUUUGGGUCAACAAUUUUGGUCAACAUGAAAGAAAUAGUUGCUGAUAGUUCUGUUCUCUUUGUCGGAA